GUCGGCGCGGAAUACCAGGCGCGCAUCCCCGACUUUGAGCCCGGCCACCUGGAAAAAUGCACGGCCUUCCUUUCGCCUUUGGUUAACUCUUCUAGAAGAGGCAUAUAGCAUUGUUCCGAGUGCACAAACCCCGAUCCUUGGGCUGAGCGGAUGGUGACUCCUUUGGAACAGCAAAAUUUUACAUUACACAGAAAACUUCACAGUGUGUAAAAGCAGGAUGCAUCCUUACUGUGUUACCAAACUGAGGAGCUCUCAGCAAGAUCCCGUGUUCUCUCCUGCUUGCUUUCUGCUGGCUCUUGGGGCGGCCUCUCUGAGGGAUGCUGGGCGCAAAGCUGAGCUCUUGUCCUGUCACAUAUACACCUGCAUUAUUAUUGGUGUGCUUGUUUUUAUUGUAUUUUGAUGUAGCAAAUGGACUUUCCAUUGUACCUGUGGGUUUGCAUAAGUGGAUAUAGGCAUUAUUUCUAAUUUACUCACUUCCAUGAUUUUUCCUCUUGCAGUUCCUCUGAAUCCCUUUCUCCUGACAGUCUGCCCGUAAUGCUGGGAUAUGUGUUUGGUUAUCUGAUUUCAAAUGCUUCUUUAACAAGGUAGUUGUGAGGCAGGAGUCCAUCCCAGAUAGAACUGGGUGGUGUCAAAGCCCACAGAACUCUGAGCAGAACCCCGUUUGGCCUCACUUUGUCAGUUUGUAAAUAUUGGUGAGUGACGCUUUGCAACAAUGUGUUCAGGAAGAAAACAUUCAUGGUUAGAGUUGUGGCAGUAUUAUAGGUGAACUCAGGAUGGAAAAUGUUGAAGAUAAUUUGUUUAAAAAAGAGGUUAAUCAGCUAUUUGCUGGUCUCUUGGGGCAAGAAGUGGCUGAACACAGCAGCUGGGAGAAGCUGAAAUGUGCUCUUCCCAUGUUCUACCCAUCACCCCUUUGCAGAGGCAAGCCUUCAGCCAGAGCUGAUGUGGGAAUGGCGCUUGGAAUCACCACUAGAUGUAACAGCAAUGAGAUCCAUUUACUUGCUGUGAUAAAUGGCAUUAAUAAAAUAAAGCCCCUAGAUCCCCUCACCUAAUUUGCUAAGUUAAUGAACCAUCUCCUGCGCCCCAGGUUUUGGUCUCCUCCUGUUGAUUUCCCUGUAGUACUUCAUAUUUCCAAGGCAAAACGUUCUGCCUCGGCUUUCUGACCCACCCAUCGACAUAGCAGGGUAUCACGGUGCUGGGUCCUCACUGGGGGCUGUCCAAUUUCUUUCUUAGGGAAUGAGCCAUGGAGAAUGCCACUGCUGGAAAGGUGCUGUACUGUUGUGUGACCUCUGUGAUACGGCUGCCUCCGUGAUGUGGUUGCCUGUGGAGUUUUAUUUCACGCUGAAGAAUCAAUGCUGUCCUGACUCAGGCAGGCCGUGAUACAAUGAGAGUUCACAAAGGCUUUAGUAUGAGUUCUGCUUGCUUAGUGCUGAAAUGCUGCUCUUCCAUUUACCCCGUUCUUGGGGGGUGAGUGGAGAAGGAUUGUUGGAGCAUUUAAGGUUGCUUAUGGAUUUCAUUUCAUUGUACAUCCUUCUAAUCUUUCUCCUUCUAACCUUCCUAUGUAAAAAUGGAGUCUGUUAAAGGGAAGUAAUGAAAUAGCCUGGUGAAAGACGUAGAAGUUUCUUUGUGUUCGAUGUCAUCUGUCCUCGCAGUCCCCAAUUUAUUUAUUUUUUUUAAGACGUCCAGUCCUUGGGUUUCAAAGUUAAAUUACCAGACACCCCCAGUGCCAUUAUUAAGUCACGUAUGUUUCCAGAUACUCAUCUUAUUCUCAGUACUUAUAGUCACGUACAGAGUGGUGUCUUCCAAGCACCCCUGACUUCUGCUAAUGCUAAACUGCAGUGUAGCAGCUGUCAGUCUGGUGCUGUGGUUGCUCCCUUACAGAAGCCGUAGGGAGUGCUUACUGUCAUCUCCAGCCAGCACUGUUUCUUGACAGCAUUGGCAGCAGCUGAAGUGCAGAAACCUUCUCCAAAGUAGCUCAGUGUGGUUGGGGAGGGGAGACUUGUGUCUGAGGUGUAGCUAAUGGAUUUUGUCUUCCGUAUUGGCAUACGCUUCUGCUCUUCUUACCUGCUGUGGGUAAGGUGCUGCCUGCUAUUUCCAGCCUCUACCCAUAAUAAGCACAUCGCCUUUGGGAAGCAGUUCAGCCUUUAUUUAGGAGUGGGAGAGUGCUGCUCACUCAAACACUUGGACACGAAGGACAAGAAGUGGUUUUCAUAAAGAAAAACCCUAGUCCUGCUUAUGGAGUUGGAGGGAUCCCUCCUGGAGGUAUAAAUGGCAGGGCUCAGGACGUAGGUUGUUAACCAGAGUACUUCAGUAUUCAAUAGCUGACAGUGUCCUUGACAUAAACAGGUCUGCAGGUGUCUGUCAGGAUUAUUACUUUAUUUUCUUAAGGGAAAACUGAGGGUCUGGUCACAUUAAGUUCGGGCAUUUGAUAUACAGAAGGAGAGAGCCUGAUAAACUGAUGUAUUCUCUAGUGGUCAUCCUAGUUUCUACUUUUAGAGAGUGGGAUACAAAGCAACGAUCAUUCUUUUCUGAUAGAAAACAACUGGAUGAAGAGGUGGUACAGCAGCGACAUGUUUGCAUCACUGCUCGUGAGAAUAUUGCUUUCCUAAUGACUAAAAAAUUCCUACUUUCUUUUUCUAAUGUUAUGCUGUAAAAUUUGCUCUUGUGCUAGACUUGGAGAGGGUGGGGGUUUUUUGGUGUGUUACGCUUUGAAAUGGAUGCUUUGUGGCUUCUGUGUACAUUCUUAAACUUAUUGCAGUUACCUGUGUGUGUUUCAGCAGACGCAGGAGUUCAUUCAGUGUUUCUAAUUGAGUUUUUGAGUUUACAAUCAUAAUGGAUCUAAAGACUGCAAAGAUGAUAGCAACUUCAGAACGCUGCCAAACUAAACAGCAAAAAACAACAAAGCUUAGCAUAUGAUUAGGAGGCACCAAGUAGUUAUCUCUUCCAAAGCACUGUUCAUUCUUUGCUUUGUUUCUCAACAACAUGUAGAAUCUAAAUAUCAAGGACGAGAGCUUAAAGUGGAGUGAAAAAUUACUUAUUUGAGGGAAUAAAUAAAUAUCCUUCUACAGGAAAGAUGCGAGUAGAGUUUCCCCAAGGCGCUUCCUCAAGAAGUUCAUGCUGACAGUGGUGUAAAUGCUCCAGUUGUUGAGUGAUGUCUUCAGAAGUUGAAAUAUUGAAUACCUUUGUGAAAUACCCAUAAAAUAGAAUACCCAUACUAUUAAUUACUUGAUGCUUUUCCAGUAUUGAGCAACUCCUUUAAACACGUUUUCAAAUCAAAGAGACUGAAACAUUUUUGUACUUUGUACAAAGUCACAUCAACAUUGCAAAACUUGCUUUGUCCCCCUGAAAGAUUUGUCACUUGAUCUGCUUCCCUUGCUAUGGUUCAGGCAGAGGAGAAGCAGAAACAGAGGAGAAAAAGAGCCUUCAAUCUGUCUACCGUUUAUAGCAGCGCAGAUUGGUUGGCUGUGAACAUCAAAAUCACAUGGCUAUGGAAAUCAAAACCUUAGUUGAGUUGGGCUUCUCAAGGUGGUUGACUUUUAACUUAGUGUCCCAUGAACAGCUGUUCUCUAGAAUGUUUUUAUUAACACUAAGACUUGCUUGUUUUCUUACAGGCGCCACAAAAUACACUGAUAAAGAUAAUGGAGGGAUGCUCGUAUGGUCACCAUAUCAUAAUAUUCCAGAUGCCAAGUUGGAUGAAUAUAUAGCAAUAGCAAAGGAAAAACAUGGAUACAAUGUGGAACAGGCUCUCGGCAUGUUGUUUUGGCAUAAACACAAUAUUGAGAAGUCCCUUGCGGAUCUCCCUAACUUCACUCCCUUCCCUGAUGAAUGGACAGUUGAAGACAAAGUCCUAUUUGAACAAGCAUUUAGCUUCCACGGAAAGAGCUUUCACAGGAUCCAGCAAAUGCUUCCAGACAAGACGAUUGCGAGCCUUGUAAAAUACUACUAUUCUUGGAAAAAAACUCGCUCGAGGACAAGUCUGAUGGAUCGACAGGCUCGAAAGCUUGCUAAUAGAAAUAAUCAAGGUGACAGUGAUGAUGAUGUAGAAGAACCUCAUCCAAUGGAUGGAAAUGAUAGCGAUUAUGAUCCCAAAAAAGAAGCCAAAAAGGAGGUAACAGAUAACUUAAUGGGCAAUAAUGAGCAGCCUGUUCAGACCAGCAAGAUAGGGCUGGGUAGAAGAGAGUAUCAGAGCUUGCAGCAUCGCCACCAUUCUCAGCGUUCCAAAUGCCGUCCACCAAAAGGCAUGUACCUGACCCAGGAAGAUGUGAUAGCUGUUUCCUGUAGUCCCAAUGCAGCCAACACAAUUCUUAGACAGCUGGAUAUGGAACUAAUCUCAUUAAAGCGACAGGUUCAAAAUGCUAAGCAAGUAAACAGUGCACUUAAACAGAAAAUGGAAGGCGGGAUUGAAGAAUUCAAACCUCCUGAGUCUAAUCAGAAAAUCAAUGCCCGUUGGACCACAGAAGAGCAGCUUCUUGCAGUACAAGGUGUCCGCAAAUAUGGUAAAGAUUUUCAAGCUAUUGCAGAUGUAAUUGGCAACAAGACUGUUGGCCAAGUGAAGAACUUCUUUGUAAACUACAGGCGUCGGUUUAACUUAGAGGAGGUAUUGCAGGAAUGGGAAGCGGAACAAGGAACCCUGGCUUCUAAUGGUGAUGCUUCUGCUUUAGGGGAGGACACAAAAAAUACUUCUAAUGUGCCAUCAGGAAAGAGCACUGAUGAAGAAGAUGAGGCGCAAAGCACUCCGAGCACUCAGUGUUUAGGCCCUUCACCUCCAGCGCAGGCAUCUGCUCCAGCUCCUACCGCUCCCUUGGCAACUUUAAAUCAGCCACCCCCGUUACUUCGUCCAGCGCUUCCUGCAGCUCCUGCUCUCCACCGUCAGCCUCCGCCACUCCAACAACAGGCGCGAUUUAUUCAGCCAAGGCCCACUCUCAAUCAGCCUCCCCCACCGCUCAUCCGCCCAGCUAAUUCCAUGCCUCCCCGUCUGAACCCAAGGCCGGUGCUGACCACCGUUAGCGGCCAGCAGCCACCCUCACUGAUUGGAAUUCAGACAGAAUCCCAGUCCACUCUGCACUGAAGAAAUAAGGCAGAAUUAUGCUAACUCCUACAUCUGAAAGACUGCAUCAAGGUACUUUUCCUUUUCCAAAUAAAGAAGCAGAAAAAAAGCGAGCCUUCACAGGUAGCAGACCAGUCUUACAGAGGAGCAAGGUAAUAACCAGUACUGGAACCACGUGAAUGACCACCUGUGUAAAAAUAUUUUUUGUAGAAGACUUGUACAGAAGAACAAUGCCUACAAUACACAGCCCUCCUCUAUGUGAAUAACUGUCGAAGGAAGCUAAAUUCAUACAUGAGUCGAUUUUCAACACACCAGGAUUUCAUUUAACUGAUUUUUUUACUCUAUUUAUUUUAUUAUGAUUCUUUGUAGUCGAGCAUCUAACUACAAGAAAGUAGGCUGGCAAAUCUAGGAAUAAGUAAUAUUGUAGGAGACUUAAAUGUAGUGGUUUUCUGUGUGUAAUUUUUAUUUUAUUUUUUACUUUUUAGUGGAGAAAAAAAAAAUAAACCUAAUGGCCUUAGGUUCAGAAUUUUUGGCCCUGCUUAGAUAUCUGUAGAAGCAUUUCUUGCAAUUGUAAAAGGUAGAUGAUUCUUCUCUUAAUGUUUUUUCCCAGAAUGUUUUUUCUUGUUUAAAAAAGGUACUUUCUUAUUGAAUAGUCCUCCUCCAGUGUGUUAUGAAAACUCAGUGAGCUAUUGUACCAAACAUACUAAACAUCACAUGUGUUCUAGUCAUAGAAGCUGUCUGGAAACAGGAGUCCAGUUUCCUGCUGCACUCUCCCUUGUAGGCUGGGCUGGGGAGAGGCAGCAACUGCCAGCACCCAGGGGGAUGACAGCAGAGGAACUGCUUAGCAAGAACCAUACGUUUCAUUAGUUCUUCUGCUGACCCUUCUAAUCUAAGUACAGCAGAAUUUCAGUCCUCUGAGAACAUCUUGCUCACCGCUGGUAUUCGCGAGAUCAUUGAUAUCUUGCCUAGGAUGUAUGAUGGAUGUACAGAGGCUGAGGGUGGUAGGAGAGUAACGUAGCAAUAGGGCUCUCUGCUGCCUGCCUGCCCGGUGUUAAAUGUCUGAUUUCUGCUAUUGCUGGCAGAUCUGCGGGCUGGGUUUACGGCUAUCAUGGUUUGUUUUGUUUUAUUCACUAGCAAAACCUGCAUUUGGGUAUCAAUUAUGGCUUCCCCAUUUUAGGAGAAUAAAAGAUUGGGGUUUAUUUUCCAUGGUAUUUACUACUACAUUUUUCUUGUCUAAAACCCUGAUUCAUGCCCAGCAGUAGUUCUUUUGGUGGUUUGUUUUUAAAGCAAACGCCUCUCCCUUCCAAGUAAACCAGGCUUCAAUUUUCAGUACCAGCAUUUGAAACUAUGAUCUGAGUCAAGCUAUUGAAAAACAUUGCAUUGCUAACUGCCAUGCUGCUCUAGAAAAUUAUUUGUUUAUACCUGGUGUUUAAAGUCCUUUUAAAUCCAUUGUGUUACUAGCUUGAUUUGCCCAUGACUCAGAUGAAACUACAUUUGAAAAUGGAAUGUGCUCUCCCUCAUUCUUUCUGCAGAUAAUGUGGUGGUUUGACCACCAGUUAGCAGUUGGCUAAGACUUUUCAUUUAUGCAAAGGAAAGUUCUUACAGCACCAGAUCCUAUUACCUUUGUAAAUCUAGUAUUAGGGAUUUAUAUUUGUGACCUGAAUUGCAAUUAAAGCGUUCACCUUUAUGGUUAAGUUCACAAAUAUUUUCAGAUCAAACUCAAUUUUCUUUCCGUACAGCUUUCAGCAGUGCACUGGUGUCUCAUACAAGGGGUCCUUCUUAGGAAUUUUCUUCUGCAUCAGAGUAGGUUCUUAGCCACUAUGUGAGCAUCAGAUGACCUCUCUCCCGAGAAAAGCAGCACUGUAACAAAGUGCUGAGGAACGUGUGAUCGCUGAAUCGUUUGUUCUGGAAGUCCUCAGUGUCCCUCAACAGCCAUGUACGGAUCUGGCUGCUCCCAGACGGGUUUUUAAAACUGAUAGGAAAUCCAUUUCCACAUCCAUACGUAUCUCAGUUGUUAGCAGGGAUAGGGCACAUCUCCAGUACUUGUCACUUUUCUUUUUUUUAAGCAUUGAGUCUCCCAGGUGUGUGUAUUGUACCUUUGCUAAUUUUUGUCUUGUCUCGUCAAUAGACUUCAGUAUGCAGAAUGUUGGGUGUUGCAGUAGAGUUGGCCGCCACCAACUGCUAUAAAACUGUUCAGUACAUUGUAAUUCAGUUUAAUCUUGUUUAAAUAUUCUAUAACUGGGCAAAGGUGCUGUAUUUGAAGGGGGUGGGAGGGGCAGAGAUGGGUAGUAUUUCUUCCUUUACAAACACUGUAGCACACAGUAGGGAUUUCCUAGCGUUUGUAGUACUAAAUAAGUAUGUACAUAGCAAAAUGUCUUUAUUGUGUGCUUUGCAGAGUAUGUGCAUACAGUUUGCACGUCCUGUUUUUGGGGGUAGGGUUUGUUUUAAGCAGUGUUUGCCUGGAGAGUGAUAUGCUUGCUGCUUAAUCAAAGGAUUAAAGUUUCAAAGAAAUCUGUGUCUUCUAUUUUUAUGUACCUGGUAAUAGUCUAAUAUGUUAGGGCCCUUAUACUGUGAUUCUCUUCUAAAUUCAUUUCUAUUUUUUUAAGAAUUAGAAAUAAAAUUAUACAAUGGUGUUGAUUUCGGUGGGGAAUUUCUUUUGCCAUAUCUCGUCUCCUGUUUUUGUAAUGUAGUAAUGAACUCUGACUUCAAGGUUGGCUUAAUUUUGUCACUUUAAAAAAUGUAAAAUGUUUGCACACUAAAGUUCAGCUGAGAACGUGUAUCCGACAUUGUUCAAAGCUAAUGUAACUCUACAGCUUUUUGUACAGUUUAUUUUAGUUAAUAAAGCAAAACGGUACUAAAACUGACAGGUUCUACAACUGCAAGGCAUAAUUUGAACUACGUCGUCUGAGGAACAGCGCUUGCAAAGUAUGGAUGUACAAAAAUAUCAGAUCUAAUUGUUGCACUUUAAAUCAGAAUGGGUAUGGAGUGAAGCAGGUAUUCCUGCAUUAAUAAAAUCAAUCACUAAACAUUGCA